AUGCAGAGUCGAAUUCAAUAGUUAUCUUAACUUCAACCUGAUAAAAGAAUUCUCAAUUAUGCUUUUAGUUAAUAAGCUGUAAUAGGACGAGGGUCUUAUGGGAUUGUAUAUGUUGGAAUGAAUAUUGAUACAAAGUAUGUUGAAAUUUAAAUUAAAGUUAAGUUGUUGCUAUUAAAGUUGUACCUUUGUAAUGUGAUUAACAAUCUCUAAGAAAAGAAAUAGAUAUAAUGAAAGAUUUGGAUUGUCCAAAUAUAGUUAAAUUAUUAGAUGUAGUUCAAACUCCAAAUAAUUGCUACAUUAUUAGUGAACUAUGUACAAGUGGAGAUUUGAGAGAAUACAUGAAAAUACAUGGAUGUUUAAAUGAAUAAUAAGCAUUACCUAUUUUGACAUAGAUUUUAAAAGGGAUUUUAUAAUCAUUCAAGAGAGGUAUCAUCCAUAGAGACUUAAAGCCUGCAAAUAUUUUAAUUACUUCUGAAAAUAUAUUCAAGAUAGCUGAUUUUGGAUUUGCCAAACGAUUUUAACAUUUAGAAGGGGAUCUAAUGAAUUCAAUGGCAGGAACUCCAUUAUAUAUGUCACCAUAAGUGUUAUUAAGAAAAUAAUACACUUCAAAAUGUGAUGUAUGGAGUAUAGGUUUAAUCUAUUAUGAAUUAAUAGAGGGUAGAACUCCAUGGAAUGUCAUGGAUAUUCUUGAUUUAAUUAAUAAGCAAAGAAACACCAAUAUUAAAUUUAGUAUCUAUUAUUAUAUAAUUAAUCUUAGGUAAAAAGAUAUCAUCUUUAUCAUAAUAAUUCAUUUUAGGAUGCUUAUAAUAUGAAGAAUCAAAACGUUUAGGAUGGGAACAAGUAUUUACUCAUCCUCUAUUUGACAAUAAAUUCAUAAUCAAAGAAUAAGAUUCAAAAUCUUAAAAAUCUCAACAUUCAACCUCUUAAAUUAAAAACGAAUCAGAUAUUUCAAUUAUUAAUACUAAAUUGGUUGCAGUAAAUUCGCCUCCACAAACCAAAUCUCCUCUUUAAAUUUAUAAUAAAUCAAAAACCAAUCAAAAGGAACUUUUAUCAAAAGUCGAUUCCCCUAAAUAAGAGAUUCGUUAAUUGUUUAAUCAUAGUAAAACCAUGAUGAUUCCGUAAACACUUAAAAAAGAUCGCACUAUUAGUAUAGGCAAUCAACCUUAGAGUACUAGAAAUAGUGGCAAUAAGAUGUUUAAUGAAAAAGGACUUGUAAGAUAAAAAAGUGAAAAUGAUGAAUUGUCAAUUUAAAAUAAUAAACUAAUCAUUCAAAAUUAGAUUGAAUUUUUAUUAUUAUUGAAAUAAAUAAGAAUUUAAUUGUUAGAUUAUUAGUAAGUUACUAUUCAACAAACUACUGUAUAUAAAUUAUAAUUUAUCAUUUUGAAAAAUAUAAUGAUAAAAACAACUUAUUUAAAAAAUUGUUUAGUUGAUGGAAAUAUAAACAAUUUUGAGUUGAGAGAUUUUGAAAACUUUAAAUAAAGUGAUACCUUUAAGAAUAUUGAAAAAUAAAUUUUAGAAUUACAUUUUGAUAGUUUUAAUAGUUUUUAAGAAUGCUAAUUGUUAUUAAAUGAGAAUUACACUUUAAUAAUGAAUGAUUUAGAAUUUAUGGAUAUUUUUAAUAAUAACUUUGAAUAUUCAAUAUAGUUUUGUAACUUAGCCAAGCAUUUAAGUCUGUAAUUUAUGAAAUGUAAUAAAUAUAAAUUAAUUUUAGAAUAUUUAUAUUAAAUUAUUUUGGGGUAUGAAAAUGCUAAGAUUUAGUUAUUUACUUUUUUAUUGUGCAAUUAUGCAAAGUUUGUUGGAGAGUAUAAUUAGAAUGUUGAGCAAUUCUUAAUCAAUAGUAAGAUGUAAUUAAGUAGGAACGAAUGCAUAAACUAUAUUGAAAAAAUAUUAUUUAAUUGA